GUGGGCGUUUGCUACCUGUGUGAAUGGACGAAUUCGAUAGUGGAAGUUAUUAGCAGGUUGAAAGGCGAGAUUUGGAGGAUUUAUCACAGACUGGUCGGGGACACAUUCUGGAAUGGCGCCUACGAUGGACACUGAAGCCGCUGUAGAUAUUUAGGUGCUGUAUUUCUCCGCGGCGGUGCGGAUAUGUGUGUAGUCUCGGUACCUCUCUGCCAGCUCUACAGAUUUAGCAGGCUAGUCGGUUAGCUAGCGCUGGGAUUGCUGGCUGGCUUCAUUAAGCACAAUGAUCAGUCAGCGAGCUGCUAGCCGCCGAGCUAGCUAGCUAACCUAGCCAAGGAAAUAUCCGAAUAUCGGCAGCAGCCAGUCGGGCUCAUGAAGAGGGUUUGGGGCUUGACUGGAACUUGUGGGGCUUGAGUGACGCGUCGGGAUCAUUUAUGCGCUCGAUUUGCUGUUUUUGGAAGCGACCAGAGCCCGCUAGUCACGAGUGUGGGUUCAUUUUUUCGGGGACUGUCGAGUUCUUGCCGUGGAUUCCGUUCUCUGCGGACUGGCCUCGCUAGCUAAUGUAACUGAAUAUAGGUUAGCUACUGUAGCGUUAGCUAGCUAGGUUAUAUAGCUUACCGUAGUUCUCGUUAGUUAGCUAGCUAAUUAAUUAGCCGACUAGCCAGCUAACCUAGCAGUGGUUUGAGGAAUUCGGGGGUCCGAGUCUAAACUGGGUGUAACCUAGCUAGCGUAACUUAUAUAUGAACAGUUCUUUCACGCUAGCUAGCUACCAUUAACUAUAUAACUUAGUUAUUUAGCUGUUAAUUGGCUGCCAGGGCGUGGAAAGAAGUAACGUUAACGUUAAGUUGUCUAGCUAGCUUUCUAGCUCGGUAUGUUAGGUUAGCUAACUCUAGAUAAACAUUUUAGCUUGUUAGCUAACAAAACGGGAAUUUCAUCAUUUUCGAUAGUUAGCUAGCUAGCGUUAAGAGUGUAGGGAGUAUGCUGCAUAAAACAGUUUAGCGUAGUUAGCUAGCUUAGCUAUGUUAUCGAGGCAUUAGCUUAGCUAGGUCAGCUAGCUACUAGAAGAGGUUAUUUUGACAGGUAUUUAGCUAGUUUAGUCAGUUAGCUAGGUUCGUUAAGGCUAGCUUAGCAGGUUAACUUAGACAACAAAACCCAAAGGGUAGCUAGCCAACAGCUAAUAAUGUUGCGUAUAGUUUACUUUAUGUAAAAAUUGACUAAUGCUGAAAAGCUAAUGGGUUCUGGGGGUUUGCUGUGUCAACUUUCCUGCUAUUAGUAGUUAGCUAACAAGCUAGUCAGAAAACCUAGCUAACUAGUUGUUCAGUUUAACUCAUUUAAGGGCUUGCUUGUGUUAGUGUCACUGCUGACAGGCUCUAUCAACUACACUUGGCUAAGCUAACGUUAGGUUAUUUAGUUUAAACAACAACAAAUUGAGUUAGAAUUUUGUGGCAGUGAUUUAAACCAGUUGAUAUAUAUCUAAUUUGCUAGGUUAGGUUAAAUCUCUCACAUGCAAGUAACUUAACUGGCAUCAGUAACUAGUAACCUAGCUAACUCUAACUAACUUCUUGUAUCAGUAACUAGCUAGCUAGCUAGAUAUUUCUCGUUACAUAUCCUUACAAAUGGAACAGGUUUCCAACUUUGUUGUGAAACCUGGCAGAUGCUGGUGUUCAACUUCUCAGGAGCUCCAAGCUGUAUAUCGUCUUUGUAGCUUGUCAGAAUACAGCAAUAGUCGUAGCCGACACUGCAAUCUUAAAACCCUGUUUAUGUAAAAUCUUUCAAUUUUAUCUACAAGGCCUUUGCUUUGUUUUUUGAGCGCGUUCAAAUACCUAGCUAGAUUAUACGCAUCUACUGACAUUUUUAAGGUUACAAUAUAAACUGGUCUUAUCACUAAGAGUAGGAUAAUUAGCUUAUUUUCAUUUUGGUUCAUUCAGAUUGGCUCUACUGUGGUCCAAAUGUCACACACCUCAGUUGAUAUCGGAAGGCUGCAGUAAGUUUAUGACCUGUAUGUUUCCUAUUCCUUGUUUUGAAAGAGGCAAUGAUAAGAAUGACUUUUCUAUUUAUUGAAGUGAUUUAUUUCAAAGUGCUGGACAAGUGUAGAGCAACCAAACCAAGCAGUUUUGAUGAAUGCUCAAGAUGAAAGUUUUCGAGUAGUCACUGAAUCAAAAUUGUGCCAAAAAACUUCACUUCAUGAACUGCUCUGUAAAAAAAACUCUGAAUAAGCAUGUGAGUUUCAGUUUGUGCAGAAGGAGCACCUACUAUUUGGUGAUAAUUGUUGGACAGCCUUGCUUGACCAGUUGAAGAAGGUCCAGCAGUGGUUCACAAUGAAUGUACUAAUACUGCAGAGACUUUGAGGAAAGGACUUCUAGCUAAGUGGAAAGCAGUCCUGAUUUGUGGCUUCUGUCUAAAAGAUAAAGAUGGGUUCUCAAGCACUACAGAUAUUGCGCCAGGGUGUGUGGGCCUCUUUGACUGGAGGCUGGUACGUGGACCCCCAUCAGAGCACCUUCUCCAACUGCUUCCACCUCUACCUCUGGAUAUUCCUUUUGGCCUUUCCUUUUUUCCUGUACAUGGCGCUGCCACCCAGUCUAGUGGUAGCAGGGACAUACUGUGCUGUGGUGGCGGUCUUCUUCACUGCUAUAAAGGUGGUGAACUUUCGCCUCCAUGCCAUGUUUGACUUGGGAGAGAUUGUGGAGAAGAGGCAGGCCUCUCUCACCACGGAUCCUCAGAGAAUAGAGGAAGGUGAUGAAGGCUCUGGAGCACAUGAUGGCAGCCAACACAGGGACAGUGGGGGUGGUGUGGAGAUGACUGUGUUUAGAAAGGUAAAUUCAACCCCUCCAGUGCGCUGCAGCUCCCAGCACUCCCUGUUUGGACUAAACCAAGUGUCGGAAUUUUUGCCACAACUUGAAGACCCAGGAGGCUGUAAGGAUGUCAAAGAGCUGAUGCGAGAACAGUGCAGUGAAAAUUUGACCUCUACGCACAGAGAGGUCCUUCGCCACAACUCUCAGGAUGCAAUCAGAACAAACGGUGUGGUUCAGUCCUGCCUUGCUGCAGCCUUGGCUGGGGAUUUUCCUGCAUUCAUGGGAGUAGGUGGACCCUUUGGAAACCUGCAGCCUGCAGACUGUCCCUCCAUUCCUCCAUCCCCCUCCAGUCAAGAAGAUGGAGAAGAUAAAGAGCCGGUGGUUGUAGGAAGAACUGUGGAUGGAGCGGUGGAACCUCGACCUCAGCGGACCCUUGAGGAUCGGACUCUUGGUGGCUACUCUCCCCUGGGUCCUUCGGCCGAAUCGGAGAGCUUGGGAGAUGCUCCUCUCAGCCCCCUCAUCAAGAACAGUUUGAGUGAAGAGCUGAGCGAGAACCUGCUGGGUCUGGGUCUCGACCCAGUCACCUUUGCCCCUGGCGCUGAACGUCCGGGCAACCGUGGUGGGGCAGCGCUGGCCGCCGGCUCCACAGACAGCUGCUUCAGUGGUGGUGGUGCAGCUACUGACCGAGAAACCCUCAGCACAGUCAGCAGCUAUCGCAGCGAGAAGACAGACUCUACGCAGUUAGAAAGCCCCUCGCUGAGCCAGCCAAAAAAUCUGGCCGCUGCACCCACCUCUGCUACACCGGCUCAGGGUCAGGGCAUCCGCCAGCUCCCAGAUGACCCUGCCUUCCUGGGAGGCAGUGACACAGAUGAUCUGUCAGACAGCGAACUGUUGCGUUCACCAUCCAAAGAGCUCCCUUCUGGGCAGGGCCUGGACAGAACUCUGGUGGAGGGGGAGGAUGUGCCCCCUUUGUCUGCAGACAUCGCACAGCCACUACGCUCAUCCUUGCAGGACUCUUCUCCAUCUAGCAGUGGCCCUUCGGAGACCUGUGACCUGGACAGAGGUAUUCCCAUUCCCCCACUCCCUCCUCCACGGCAAGCUAGCUCCGUGCCCUCUGGGCUGGCUUUAGGACUGGUGUGCUCAGAGCCGGCACUGCCUGUCACCUCGCCCCCAUAUCUGUUGACUGAGCCCCCCUCGCUGCAAGUUCAGCAGCAGCAGGUGGUGCGACCCAAAGACUUAAAGCUCCUGCGUGCUGGGGGCAGUGUGGGCCAUCGGCCUGGACGUAGGAAAGCUCCCCGCAAGCGAGGUGCUGCAGGCAGCAGCAGCUUCGACUGUGGCUCCUACCGUAGGUGUCACGGUCACAGUCGUGGCCAACGCAGAGACUACAUCCCUGUCCGUAAUCGUCUUGGCACCAAAGCCUACAGCGAGAGCCUGUUUGAGGACUCCAGCGACGAGGAUGACGGGAGUGACAUAAGCGCAGGGUCCAGCCUGGGCUCCCAGCGCCGCUUCAGCUCAGAUGAUGAAGACGAUGAUGAUGAAGACGACUCUAGCUCAUCCACCUCUUGCUACUCCCCUGAUCUGGCUAAUGCUGGCAUUUCCUCCCCUCCGGUGCCCCCUGUGCCCCAGCUGCCCAGCCCCAGUGAGGAGGACUUGAUUGGCCCCCCUCACACCCGUGGUGCUCAGCGCUCAGCCAGCACAGCCAGUGCAAAGACUCAUGCCAGAGUGCUCAGUAUGGAUGGUGCUGGUGGUGGACACACCAGCACGGGCACGCUGGCUUCUACCCAUAUGCCUUUACCGGCCUCUUCAACUCCUGCCCCACGACCCCUCACUAUCUCUAAGUCUGACUUGGAAGCUCGCACUGGGCACUCUGAGGCCUUCCCCAGGGCUCACCACAGGCUGGACUCUUUGGGGGGCUCGUGGGCUGGGAACCAGACUGGCUGGAGAGCAGGAGAGUUGCUGGAAGAAGGAGCAGUAGGGGGAGCCCUGGCCUCCGAGGAAGGAACCAAACGGGACUCAGUGAGUAGCGUAAAAAGGACCCAGGCCAUCCGAAGGAGACACAAUGCGGGCAGCAAUCCCACCCCCCCUCCUUCUGCCAUGGGUUCCCCACCCAGUCUUCAGGACCUCCAGAGGGCCCGUACCUCGUCACAUUCUCGUGCACGGGCCCUUCCCACUGCCCUACAGUUUGCUUCCUCUCUUCUGCUCCCCCGCAGUGGCGUGCAUGAGGCCUCCACAUUUGAUGACACCUCAGAGGGAGCUGUGCACUACUUUUACGAUGAAAGUGGUAUAAAAAGAUCAUAUACUUUUGGACCUUCAGGAGGUGGCUAUGAGGACCCUGUGCAGGAGCGGGAAAGGCAGUCUCAGUCCUCCAGCUUUACAUCUACUGAUGUACAGGAUGUGGCUCCAGUAUUGUCCAUGCUGCAGCCCAGACCUGUGGUCCUUCAGGGCAUGCAAGUGCGCAGGGUGCCCCUGGAGAUGCCAGAGUUUGACCUGGAUCACGAGUCCCUGCAUGAAUCUCAGGAGAACACCCUGAUGAUUGAGGAGAAGGCCAAGCCAAAACAGUACUACAGAAUGUGGGUUCUGCCUGGAAAGUGGCUCAGAGUGCGCUAUGAUCGGCUAGCCCUGCUGGCCCUAUUGGACAGAAAUCGCCGGGUGGGGGAGAAUGUGUUUGCAGUAGUGUUGGCCAGCCUGGUGGCCUUCCUUGGCUUCCUCCUGCUGCUGCAGGGCUUCUUCAGGGAUAUCUGGGUCUUCCAGUUCUGCCUUGUCAUUGCCAGCUGCCAGUACUCCUUACUGAAAAGUGUGCAGCCUGAUGCAGCUUCCCCGAUGCAUGGCCAUAACUGGAUCAUUGUGUACAGUCGACCGGUGUACUUCUGUUUGUGCUGUGUGCUGAUCUGGGUCUUUGACUUUGCCGGCCACGCUUACAGCCUGCAGCCCUUCUCCCUGUAUGGAGUCACCUUCUUCUCUGCCCACUUCUUGCUCUGUGCUCGAGACAUGCUCAUAUUUUUUACGCUGUGUUUUCCGGUCAUCUUCCUCUUUGGGCUUCUACCUCAGGUCAACACCUUUCUCAUGUGUCUGCUGGAACAAGUGGAUAUGCAUGUAUUUGGAGGAACUGCCACCACCAGCCCUUUGUCCUCCAUCUACAGCCUGUUACGCAGUGUGUUGGUGGCAGCUCUGGUUUAUGGAUUUUGUCUUGGUGCCAUCAGUGCUCCGUGGGGAGAGGCUCAUGUGCCAGUGCUGUUCUCUGUAUUUUGUGGCCUCCUCCUUGCCUUGUCCUACCACUUGAGCAGGCAAAGCAGUGAUCCAACCAUCCUGUGGUCAUUGGUGCGCUCCAAAUUCUUCCCAGAGCUGGAGAGCCGGACCCCCGAGGAACCCCCUCUUGAGAUCAAAGAUCCUCUGCCAGAGAAACUGCGUAGCUCUGUGAGUGAGAUUUUGCACUCUGACCUGGUCAUGUGUCCGCUCAUGGCCAUUAUUACCUUUGCCAUCAGUGCCAGUACUGUCUUCAUUGCUCUGCAGCCUGCUCUUAGUUUUGUCCUGUAUAUUCUGGCUGGUGUAUUGGGCUUCCUCACUCAUUACCUACUGCCUCAACUCCGCAAGCAGCUGCCCUGGUUUUGCUUGGCCCAUCCUGUGCUACGGUCCCACGAGUACAGCCAGUUUGAAGUCAGGGAUGCAGCUCAGCUGAUGUGGUUUGAGAAGCUGUACGCCUGGCUCCAAUGUGUGGAAAAGUACUUCAUCUAUCCUGCUGUAGUGCUCAACUCCCUGACCACUGAGGCCCACAGUGUCAGCCAGCACCCUGACAAGCCUGGAACUUAUGGCCGAGCUCUGUUCAUCUCUGUGGCUGGAAUGAAGCUGCUACGUUCAUCCUUCUGCAUACCUUCUCACCAAUACGUCACGCUCUGCUUCACCGUCCUCUUCUUUCGGUUUGACUACCCGCGCUUCUCUGAAACCUUCCUGCUCGACUACUACUUCAUGUCCAUCCUCUUCAGCAAGCUGUGGGACCUCCUCUAUAAGCUGCGUUUUGUGUUGACCUACAUCGCUCCAUGGCAGAUUACCUGGGGCUCUGCUUUUCAUGCCUUCGCCCAGCCAUUUGCUGUGCCCCACUCAGCAAUGCUGUUUGUACAGGCAGUGUUCUCUGCCCUUUUCUCCACUCCACUAAACCCUGUGCUGGGCAGCGCUGUGUUUGUUACCUCAUACACACGUCCUGUCAAGUUCUGGGAGCGAGACUAUAAUACCAAAAGGGUGGAUCAUUCCAACACACGCCUGGCCACACAGCUUGACCGCAACCCUGGUGCUGAUGACAACAACUUGAAUUCCAUCUUCUAUGAGCACCUGACACGCUCGCUGCAGCACUCUCUAUGUGGAGACCUGCUGUUGGGCCGCUGGGGGAACUACAGCACGGGGGACUGCUUCAUCCUGGCUUCUGACUACCUCAAUGCUCUUGUGCACAUCAUUGAGAUUGGCAACGGCCUCGUCACCUUCCAGCUACGAGGACUGGAAUUUAGGGGUACUUACUGUCAGCAGCGGGAAGUGGAGGCUAUCACUGAGGGAGUGGAGGAAGAUGAGGGUUGCUGCUGCUGUGAACCAGGUCAUCUGCCCCACAUGCUGUCCUUCAAUGCCGCAUUUGGCCAGCGCUGGCUGGCCUGGGAAGUUGCAGCCACCAAGUACGUGCUGGAAGGUUACAGCAUCAGCGACAACAACGCUGCAUCCAUGCUACAAGUGUUUGACCUGCGCAAGAUUCUUAUAACAUACUACGUCAAGAGUAUUAUCUACUACGUGAGCCACUCCCCCAAAUUAGAGGAGUGGCUGGCCAAUGAGACGGUGCAAGAGGCACUUAGACCCUGCCUCAGUGCCUCAUACGUGGACAGUGACCCAACCUUCAACCUAAACAUCGACGAAGACUACGACCAUAGAGCAUCUGGCAUCACCCCCAACGCCUUUUGUAUGGUUUACCUGGACUGGAUCCAGUACUGCAACAGCCGCAGACAGACGCCAGUGGACAGUGAAAGAGACUCUCCUCUGGUCACACUAUGUUUUGGUCUGUGCAUUUUGGGCCGCAGGGCUCUGGGCACUGCAUCCCACAGUAUGUCUGCCAGCCUGGAGCCGUUCCUGUAUGGGCUCCACGCUCUAUUCAAGGGUGACUUUCGGAUCACCUCCCCCAGAGAUGAGUGGGUGUUUGCAGAUAUGGACCUCCUGAACCGGGUUGUGGCGCCUGGGGUUCGCAUGUCACUCAAACUACACCAGGAUCACUUCACCUCUCCAGAUGAGUAUGAAGAUCCAGUGGUGCUGUAUGACGCCAUCACAGCUAACGAGGAGAAGAUGCUGAUCUCCCACGAGGGUGACCCCGUGUGGCGUAGCGCCAUCCUGGCUAACAUGCCCUCGUUGCUAGCUCUGCGUCACGUCAUGGAUGAUGGUAGCGAUGAAUAUAAGAUCAUCAUGCUGAACAAGCGUUUUCUCAGCUUCCGAGUCAUCAAGGUGAACAGAGAGUGUGUUCGUGGGCUGUGGGCUGGGCAACAGCAGGAGCUGGUUUUCCUGCGGAACCGGAACCCAGAGCGAGGCAGCAUCCAAAAUGCAAAGCAGGCCCUGCGCAACAUGAUCAAUUCAUCCUGUGACCAGCCCAUCGGUUAUCCUAUCUAUGUUUCCCCCCUCACCACUUCAUAUGCUGGGGGGCAUACCCAACUCCGCUCUGUCUGGGGAGGUCCUGUUAGCCCACACAACAUUUACACCUGGUUCAUCAGCAGUUGGGACAGGCUCCAGAAGGGCUGUGGUGCCGGCUGCAACAGUGGAGGGAAUAUUGAGGACUCGGACUGUGGUGGUGGAUCUACUUCCAUCAGUAACAAUCCUGUAGUUCACCCUCCCCAGACUUCAGCCCCAACUUUGCCCCUGUCACACCCCACCACUGUACAGCCAUCUAUGGGAACUGACAACCCUGUUGGACCAGGCUGGCCUAUCCACUCCCAGCCCCUCCCACUGGCCCUGCUUAGCCAGUCGGAAGGAAGAAUGGACGCAAGCCUCGUUAACUCUCUCCAUCGUACCUCCUCCAUCCAGGGGCUGCUGGGCCAGCACCUGUCUAGCUCACAACUGUCAUUCAGCAGCUCUGUGGCCCUUCCACCAGCUGAGCGCUUCUGCCCAGGCAGCCUGCAGGACAACCCCAGCCACAGAGCAUCCCAGAGGGGCUUGGGACUGGGGCUCGGCCAGGGCAGCGGGCUGCCCUACGAAGGUCUCUAUAGUAAGUGGAGUCUGUCGGGCAGGAAAGGCUUCAAUGGGCCAGCGGCAAUGGAAGGGGAUGGAGGACUGUCUCAGAGCAUUCGCACUCAGGCAUCCCAGGCUUUCCAGCCUGUCACACCUGCACUGCCCACUGAAGCCAGCCCAACACUGGAAACAGGUGGUGGGGUCGGCGGCAGUGGUGUCCCCACAGAGACCACGCCCCUUACUUCAGAUUCCCCUGGCGUGCGGGACGAGUCUACAGAGCUGCCUUUACUUGAGCACCUGCGCUGAGCCUGCACAGAGAUGAACUUGCACAACUAGGCCCGGACCAAGUAAAGGUGGAACGUGGAGCCAUUCUUUUGCUAAGCUCUUUGACCGCUCCAGCCGUCCUGUUUAAGGCAAUGAAGAGUUCAAAGGAGCUUCCUGUUGGAUCGAGUCGAGCUGCCCUGCUCAAUCAUUUCGUUACUCUUUCUGUGCUUUCUACCUUUUUGAAGUCAUGGAUUAUUGGAAGCAUUUUCAGCUAUCUCACGCUGUAUGAGAGCACACUAAGAAAGGGUGCUGCAUGGCAAACUCGCAUUCAGGUCUCACCCUUGCAAAGCCGUUGUGAACCUGUGAGAUGGUUCCUCUGCUGGGGCUUCUGGUCACACUGAUGGCCUCAAGGCUCUCGAGCCAAUAAAGCCAAGCCGGUGCAAUCCCGAGAGACUUUUCUCCAUGUAGGGUGGGUCUGUGAAGAUCCUUGAUGAGAUGUUUUCUUCUCAACACAUUAACAAAAAGGGAAUUCGAUGACCUCUGUAGCAAACGACCAUUAACUUCUUGAUCCUUUCUCCCUCUCUCUCUCUAUCUCUCUGCAUCCCAUCCGCAUGUGCUGUUCAGCACUGAUGGUCAAUAGGAUCUUCAGAUAUGAAUCUUAGAGUAGGGAUUUUUUUCCCCCUCCUCCCCCCUCAUGCUUUUUUUUUCUUUCCAAGAAUCAAAGAACCCCUUUAUAUAACUCAACAGUAUCUCUUGCCUGUAUCUAAUUGUGUUUUGCUAUUAAAGCACCAAAGGACUUGAGCUUUCACCUCCUCCAACCUCAACCCCACCCCUCCCAAGAUAACACAUUCCAAAAAGCUGAUUAAGGAAACCAUAGCACUUUUCUUAGGUAUGUCAUGGUCACAGAUGAGGCUAUCAAUCAUUGGCCACCCUGUCCACCAUCUUCAGGGUUAACUCACAUAAACACACUCACGCAGUGUCGCAUAAUCUCGAACAUGGCCCUUCGAUUUGACUUUUGGUGCUCCUCCCUGACUUAAGUAGUUUACAGCCCACCCAGAAGACAAGAGGACGGAGGGUCUGAAAUGUGAGUUGGACACGGUUAGAACAGGUGGGCCAAAACUAAAACAAGAGAUGCUGAGAUCACUGCAACUGAGUAGUGGUCUUGCUCACAUCAGUAAGUGAAGAAUUUCACUAUUAUCAGAAUGUGGGUAAAUGUUUUUUUUUCCCCUCUCUCCUCUUCUAACACUAUAUAUUUUUUUUUAUUUAUAUAAAAACGCCAUAUUUACCAGUGACCAUACCCUGAGACUUGCUGUUGAGCGAGACCCUGCUGCAUUGGUUCUCUUAAGGCUCUUGCUUUUCCUCUGCUGUCAGCAAGCACCUGCGGUACCUGCAGCUCCCCCUACUGCGAUACUAUUGCUACUGCAUCACCCUCUCUACUACUAAUAGAACUAAUUAAACUACUGCUCCUUUUGACUUUCUUUCUGCUUCUUUUUUUUUAUUCUCCAACGUUUUAGUUGGAAGAACUGAGAAAAACAAAACACACAAAUAAAGAGAUACCAAUAUUAAACAAA